UCCUUUUUCAUCAACAUGGCUGAUCAGCAAACCGAACGCUCGUUCCGCAAACAGCACGCGGUGGUCGUUGUGCGUCGCAAGAGUGCCACUCUGAAGAAAAGGCCUCGUUUCUACCGCCAAAUCGGCCUGGGCUUCCGGGCACCGGCGGAGAACGAGCGCGCCUUCCAAAAACAAUUCGGUGUCAACCUAAACCGCAAGGUCAAGCCCGGUGUCACCAAGAAGAAGCUGCUGCGUCGCUCCCGCGAUGUGGGACUCGGCUUCAAGACCCCCCGUGAGGCCAUCGAUGGCACCUACAUCGACAAGAAGUGCCCCUGGACCGGUGAUGUGAGGAUCCGUGGACGCAUCCUGACCGGCGUGGUCCGCAAGGCUAAGAUGCAGCGCACCAUUGUCAUUCGGCGCGACUACCUGCACUUUGUGCGGAAAUACAGUCGUUUCGAGAAGCGUCACCGCAACAUGAGUGUGCACUGCUCGCCCGUCUUCAGGGAUGUUGAGCACGGCGAUAUUGUCACCAUUGGCGAGUGCCGUCCUCUGUCCAAGACUGUGCGCUUCAACGUCCUGAAAGUCAGCAAGGGUCAGGGAUCCAAGAAGAGCUUCAAGAAGUACUAGAGCGGACAACUACCAUUCGGGCGAUAAUAUUUGUAGCGUUAUUCUUUUUGAAUAAAACAAAAAAAAAAGUAACUUUAA